UGGCUUUUAUAUGUAUUUAUGUGCGCGUAUUUUUCAUUAAUUGCCUUAAUCAGACGUUUGUUCCCUCGUUCAUCUUUGAGAGAGAGAGAGAGAGAGAGAGAGAGCGAGAGAGAGAGACUACUUGUCCACAGAAGUUUUUCGGGGCGUCUUGAGGGAAUGUUUGUGCACCAGCGCGCCGCAGCAGUUACAACGCCUGUGACUGACAACGCGAGACACUCUGCAUUCUGCAUCGUGUUGACACAUCCUUUCGCGAGACCAUCUGCCUACUGGAUCUGAUGGUGAUUUGAAGAACUGCAGCAUUUUUCCAGUGUACCUGUUUACCAUCCAGCACUUUGUUGUUCCCCUCUGCUGCUGCUGAUCGGUGGAUAUAAUCGCAUCAGUGCUCCAGACAAAAUGGCUUCCACAGUGAGGAAAUGUCAGCACCUGUUUUUAGCACUCAUCCUUCUCCCUUUGAUCUACUGCAUGCACCCAGACUGUGUCAUUCAGUUAGAGAAAGAGAAGUGCAUGGAAAGGAUGGCCAUGGAUGACCAUAACAGUGAACCUGAACUGGUCUGCCGAUGGAUGUGGGACAACCUCACCUGCUGGCAGCCAGCAAAAAUUGGUCAAGUAGUCUGGAUGCCCUGUCCUGAGCUAUUUGAGGUCAUGAGUGAGGAAAAUGAUGAGUUUGGUAAAGUGAGCCGUAACUGCACUGAGGCUGGCUGGUCAGAGAUGUUCCCUCACUACGUUGAUGUUUGUCCUUUUAAUGAAAAUGGAACAAGUCCAGACAUGUAUUAUGUGUCAGUGAAGGCUUUGUAUACUGUGGGCUACAGCACCUCACUGGUGUCUCUCACCACUGCCAUGGUCAUUCUCUGCAGGUUCAGGAAGCUACAUUGCACCAGGAAUUUCAUUCAUAUGAACUUGUUUGUGUCCUUCAUCCUGAGGGCCAUCUCAGUCUUCAUUAAAGACGGCAUUUUAUAUGCAGAGGAGGACAGCAACCAUUGCUUUAUACACACUGUGGAGUGUAAAGCAGUUAUGGUAUUUUUUCAUUAUUGUGUUUUGUCAAACUACUUCUGGCUGAUCAUCGAGGGCUUAUAUCUCUUUACGCUUCUUGUUGAGACGUUCUUUCCUGAGAAAAGAUACUUUUACUGGUACACCAUUAUUGGAUGGGGUACUCCAACAAUAUGUGUGACUGUCUGGGCAGUCUUAAGAGCUCAUUUUGAUAACAUUGGUUGCUGGGAUAUUAAUGACAAUGCUGCCAUCUGGUGGGUGAUCAAGGGUCCUGUUCUUGCCUCUAUCAUGAUCAACUUUAUACUCUUUAUUGGCAUCAUUAUAAUCCUGGUGCAGAAGUUGCAGUCUCCAGAUAUUGGAGGGAAUGAGUCCAGCAUUUAUCUGCGUCUGGCCCGCUCCACUCUUCUCCUCAUUCCUCUAUUUGGAAUUCACUAUACCGUGUUUGCUUUCACACCAGAAGAUGUCAGCAAAAGAGAAAGACUUGUGUUUGAACUUGGUCUUGGUUCUUUUCAGGGUUUUGUAGUAGCUGUUCUUUACUGCUUUCUUAAUGGAGAGUUUCUCCCUAAAGGUGCAGUCAGAAAUCAAACGAAAAUGGCGCAGCUGGACGGUGAACCGGUACUUUGCGGUGGAUAUAAAGCACAGGCAUCCGUCCCUGGCCAGCAGUGGUGUGAAUGGGGGCACACAGCUCUCCAUCCUCAGCAAGAGCAGCUCACAGAUCCGCAUGUCCAGCCUGCAGGCUGAAACACCGGCCACAUGAGCGCUCAGAGGAACAGACUGAAGGCCAAACUCCUCAGAACUAGAGCUACAAAAUAAUCUACGUCAACAUCUGAGUCCUGUUUCAUCUUUUGAGUCUGUAUUGUGUCGGUUGAAGCUGUAAUAUCUGUCAACCGUCCAUAGAUGACAGGCUUUUGCUAUGGAACUCUGAGGAGCUCACAACCAUUGGUCUAUUGUGUGCCAAGCAAACAUGGAUACUUUUGAUGUGGACUUGUGGAUGAAUCAGAAUUGAUCUGAACUGAAAGGAAUUACAGGCCGAGGGGAAAUAAGGAAUCCAUAGCAAUCUAGUAUUUAGGAUGUUUUCAUCCAGAAAGCUGAAAGUCGUGAACAAGUUGGAUAUUUUUGUACAUAUCAACAUCACACGAGUCUCUCAUAUUCUCGUUUCUCUGUCUGUGAAGAUUUGUGAUAGUUCGACUCUCAAUAUUUUAUCGUCAAAGCAAACAGGAUGAAGACAGCUGCCAGCCUCACCACAAUGGGAUGUGGGACAUGAGUCAUUUUUGAAGAAGAAGAAACCACAUAUUUCACACAUGGAACUUAAUGGAUAACUGGUUCCCAGUUCCUAAUUCUAAUUUAACAUGUAAAUAUUUUCAUAUGCUGUAAUUGUAGAAUGAAGGACUGCAGGCAAAUCAAGUUUAAGGACAACAAUGACACGCAUUGGGGACGCUUCUUAAACUAACAUUAAGAAAAACUAGCAUUUGAAACCUCAUUAAAACUUUUUGUUUUUGAAAUUGUUUUCAUGAGUAUAUUCCUCUUGUGCUUCAUGUGCUCCUAUUUUUUUAAACAGCCGCUAGUACAAAAAAUGUCAAUUAGAAUACAACAAUGCAACAAAGCUCAUGCCGCAAUGUUUGGCAUAUUAAUAUACAGCAUAUCUGGGUAAUAUGGGUGUAAUAGACUUGUGAUAUGCAUGUUGAUUCCUCCCCCACACACGUCUAUGACUAUUAGCUGUCAUACAGUGAAUUUACAGCAAAGAAUGACGAGCCUUUACACUUAUAUCAAUGAAUAAAUUCAUUUUAACUGAGCUAAAUUUCUCAGUUAAAAGCCGAGCAUUUUCUUAUAGCUUUUCUGACUCAUAAUAUUUGAUAUUUUGCUUAUUUUGUAAUUUAAUGUCAUAAAGCAUUUACAAAUAGAGCACUUAAGAUUCCAAAGAUGAUUUUUUUUUAUAUUUGACCCCUUAAGACGUCAAUUGCCGUACAAGUUUGCAAGUCUUUGCAACUGAUGUCACUUCAUACGAAGAUGUUUUUUGCUUCUUCAAAGUGCCUUUUUUGCACAAAAGAGUCAACUGUUUGGUUUUACAAAGACAAACUGCAACACAUAACUGCAUCACUCUGUGAAAGUGCUUUUAUUAUGCUUCAGCAAACAAGAGGCCUUCAGAGAAUUCAAGCUAGUUUUUGUUUCUUUUCUUUGGUGUAUCUUUCUACAGGCCUUCAAUUUCAGUAAUGCUGAAGAAAGAAAGAAAAAACAUUGUGUCAUA